CAGGUGAAUAAAUCAUGAGGGGCCCGGAGCAGGGCCGACAGGACAGCUGACCUCAUUCCGGGAGACGAGGAGCAGGCACUGGGUGGACCGGGGAGACCAGAGUGGGGCGGUGCCCCUCGGCCAGCAAGAGGGGCCAAGCCCUCGUCUCCAUGGCCCUUCCUCAGGACCCAGAGGGUGACAGCCUCCCUCCGGGGGACCCCAAGACCUCUGAGGACACUGCGGGGCCCAGCCAGGCCCCUGCCAGCCACGCAGUCACCAGGCGGCGGCUCCUGCUGCGGGAGCUGGAGGCCCAGGUGCAGGCGGCCUUUGGGCAGGACCGGGAGCUGCGGCCGGAGGAGAUUGAAGAGCUGCAGGCCGCCUUCCAGGAGUUUGACCGAGACCGGGACGGCUACAUCGGCUACGGGGACCUGGGCGCCUGCAUGCGGACGAUGGGCUACAUGCCCACUGAGAUGGAGCUCAUCGAGAUUUCACAGCAGAUCAGUGGCGGGAAGGUGGACUUUGAAGACUUUGUGGAGCUAAUGGGCCCCAAGAUGCUGGCGGAGACGGCAGACAUGAUUGGUGUCCGGGAGCUGCGGGAUGCCUUCCGAGAGUUUGACACCAAUAGGGAUGGCUGCAUCAGCUUGGGUGAGCUCCGGGCGGCCCUCAAGGUCCUGCUGGGGGAGCGCCUCACCCAGCGGGAGGUGGACGAGAUCCUUCAGGACAUUGACCUCAACGGGGACGGCCUGAUCGACUUUGAAGAGUUUGUGCGAAUGAUGUCUCGCUGAGCCUGCACAGCAGCUGGAGGCAGCGGAGAGGACUUGAGACCACAGCCGCUGCCCACGAGUGUGUUCCUGGAAGCCCACUGCCUCCAGCUGGGACCCUCUGUCUCUUCCCCCUAUUCCCCAUCUGUGUGCAAUGCCCUUGUCUGCCCUCACCCCACCCCCACUCCCCCACCAAGCCCAUCUCUGUUUCUCUGACAAUAAAGUACCGUCAGACCUGG